AUGUUUUCUGCACCGGAAGAAUUCAACUUCAAAGCUGGGAAUGCAACUCUAUCUUUAAUACAAUAUCGAAAUACAUUUAAUCAUGGCACUACAGUAUGGGACUCUUCCGUGGUAACCGCUUAUUAUAUGCAAAACCUCUUAAAUUCACGCAAUCUAUUUGAAAAAAACUUGUCUUGCAUAGAAUUAGGUAGCGGUUGUGGCUUGCUAGGCUUAGUAAUGUGUUCUUUAGGCUUUGAAACAACUUUGACUGAUCUGGCCGACGUCGUAGGUAAUGUACUAAAAGAAAACGUACGACGUAACUUAUUAAUCCUAAAUAAUCAACAAUGUCAAAAUAUUGAAAAUAUUCAACAUAAAGCAUAUGUUAAAGUAUUAGAUUGGACUUCUCAACUUUCUUCGGAUUUUACUCCCCCAUAUGACUAUAUUGUUGCUACUGAUUGUAUCUAUUCUUUGGAUCUAAUUCCUUAUUUUGCUAAAUGUUUAUAUGAUCUUUCUAGUGACAAAUCUGUAAUCAUUUGUGGAAUAGAAAGAAGAGAUCCAAUUGUUAUAGAUAAUUUUUUGAAUGAAUGUAAAAAAAAAUAUUCUUUUAAUAUUUCUAAAAUUUCUGUUAACAAAUUAAAAAAGAUACUAAAGGGAAUCAAUGAUUUGAAUGUCGAAAACCAAAUGCUAGUAGAAAUUUAUCAUUUAAAAAAGAUCAAUGUUUAA